CGGUGCGUUCCAUUGCCUUGACGUUCACCGACGAGUCAUUUGUCCAUUCACACCCCGAAAAUCAAUAUGGAACCCGUUUAUCCAGCCGCUCCACUGGAGGCCUCGAAGGGUACAGGAGAAGCCCUCGCCGAGCACCAGCAGCUGCUGACACCGUCACCUCCGAGCUACGAUCAGGCCACAUCCUCUCCGGCACUCACUACAGGACCCGCAGCGACGCCAGCACCAACUGCAGCUCCGGCCCAGCAUACAGUGGUGGUGGUUCCUGGAUCAAUUUACGGCCCAGAGCCCAUGGACAUCCAGUGUCCCUACUGUCACAAUUACGCGCGCACCCGCGUCUCCUAUCGGCCCAACUCGCGCACCCAUCUGAUUGCCCUGAUUUUAUGCCUCUUCCAGCUUUACUGCUGUGUGUGCCUGCCGUACUGCAUUGGCAGUUGCAUGAACACUAACCACUACUGUGGCAUGUGCGACCACUAUCUUGGCAGCUACCAGCGCAAAUGAGGCGUAUGUGGGGAGGCCGGGUACUAUGAUCUGGGAUUGAGCUUUUGAUGGCCUUCUGUAUCUGUUUUGUCGCUCUUUUCAUGCUUCACAUUUAUAAAAUACUUAGAUAAUAAACUGUUGAUGGUCGUCAACCAGUGUUUACUGUA